AUGGAAGAUCGUCAAGUUACAGUUAGAAAGGGGAAUAGUCUCUCAAUAGCUUUACUUCUGCUGGAACAUGGCGCAGACGUGAAUAUUAUCGUUUGUGGCACAACUGCGCUUUAUCUUGCGUGCAAGUCUGGACUCAAAGAUGUUGUUGAUCUUCUUGCGCGUAACGCAAACGUCAAUCCUAGAGAAGCAGAUGGUUCUAUUGGAGAUUCACCACUUUUUGCUGCCGUUUUGGGUGGUCAUACAGAAAUAGUCGAAGAACUCUUACGUCGUGGCGCAGAUGUAAAUUAUAUUCCUCGAUACGAGGAUGAAACCCUGUUAAUGAAGGCCACUGCAAAAGAAUACAGUGGAAUAGUAAAGUUGCUGAUAGAUCAUGGUGCUAAUGUCAACGCUAAAAACCAGUCUGGUAACACAGCUUUGCAUGCAAGUGCAUAUGACAGCUUCAAACUUGACUCAAUGUUAACUCUGCUUAAAAACAAUGCAGAUGUAAGCGCCCAAAAUAAGAAUGGAAGUACACCUAUGAUGGUGGCCUUAGAGAGAAACACUUUAACAAAGGAGCGCGCUCAGGCACUCAUCGAUUAUGGAGCAGAAGUCAAUAUGCGUGAUAAUUCUAGACAGUGUGCUUUAUAUCUUGCAGCAAGCUGCUUUGACGGACAUGACGUCUUAUCCCUCCUGCUGGAACAUGGUGCUGACGUCAAUGCGCUCAAUGAAGACGGUGAAACCGCUCUCCAUGAGGCAUGUAAUUCAGGCUAUCUUAAAACCGUUACAGCACUUCUUCAACACGGAGCGGACGUAAAUCUUCGAUCCAAGGCUAAUUUAAGUGCAUUAGACAUGGCUAAGGAAGAAGAAAAUACAAAAACUAAAAGGUGGAAAGACCUAAUAAUUAGAAUUCUCUCAAAGAAAAUCAACGAGUGCAAGGUCGAAGAGGCAGCUUCUUCAAAAUCAGAGAGGAGCAGUGCCUCAGAUUCAGGCAGAAUUGUCGUGCGUACUAGGACAAAUCCCUUUGGAUCUGUUUUACCAAUGCGGAGUAACCUAGUAAAACUAAAGAAAACAUGGCGAUGA